UCAAUUCACGUCACAAAACAAAAACAAAAAAUGAAGUGAAAAUGUUGCCUGGAAUAGGUUUGUUUGGUACUGGUCCAGAUAUUAGUGUUCUUGUGUCAAUACUACGUGAAAGAGGUUUCAAAAUCGAAGCCAUUUGGGGACGUACCAUCAAGGAAGCCGAAGAUGUUUCGAGAGAGUUAAACAUUCCGUUUUUUACAAACAAAAUCGACGAUGUAUUGCUCAAGAAAGAUGUCGAUCUGGUAUUCAUCAAUUGUCCGCCGUUUCUUCACUCACAAAUAUCAGUCAAGGCGUUGGGAAUCGGAAAACAUGUUGUGUGUGACAAACCGUGUGGUUUGGGCCAGGCGGAUGCAUUGAAAAUGGUCCGAGGUGCGCAGUAUUAUCCAAUGUUGAUAACGUUGAUAAACCACUCGCUGAGGUUUCUGCCCGCUUUUUCUCAAAUGAAAAAGGCUCUGCAGGACGAAUAUGUGGGACCACAAAGUGAAAUUGGACUAAUGGACAUUCGAAUACAGAUGGGAUCGUUGCUUCACAACAAAUUUGACUGGCUAUGUGACGAGAAAAUGGGAGGUGGUGCAUUGAAUUUGAUCGGAAGUCAUGUGGUUGAUUUGGUUUCAUUCCUAUUGGGACGUGCGGUUCGUGUACACGGAGUGGUCCGGACGUACACAAAAGUCACCCAAAACGUUAAUGGCAUCAGACAGAUAUCGGCACCUGACUUCGUCAAUUUCCAAAUGGAAUUAGAAGGAGGCAUCUUAGUCACCGCCAGCCUGCAUACAAAUAUUGCCAGCAAAACAUUCGUUCAAGAAGUGAUGAUAUGUGGACGUGAUGGCAAUUUGGUGGUCAAAGGUGGUGAUUUAUUUGGACAGAAAAAAAUCUCGGAAAGAGAAGAGGCUCUAUAUGUCGACGUGCAAGACUUGCAUUGUUCGACCUCUGACGCACACCUACCAAAACCUUACAUCAAAGGAUUGUGUAAAAUGGUAAGUGCAUUGCGGGAAAGUUUCGCGCAAGACACUUGGGUGAAAGAACCUGUUCAAGCAGCAGCAACAUUUGAGGACGGUCUCUACGUUCAAGCGGUGCUGGAUGCAAUUCGGAAGUCUAGCGAUACUAGAAGCUGGGUGAAAGUAAAUAUAAUUUCCGAAUCACCGACGAAUCAUGCAAAGAUUUUGAACGCUACCAGGAUGUCUGCGGUAAUUAUGCACUGACUAUAAUGUCGAACAAGCUUAUUGUCGGUAACAUUUACACCGAAUAAAGAACAAUCUUUCUCAUUUUUACA